GGAGAGAGGAUCUUUAGCCCAGACCCCGCGGUCUAUCUAACGCGUCGUCCCACCGCUGAAAGCUUGAGGUUCAUCUCUCUGUUUCUCACUGAGAUCUCUCUCUCUCUCUCUCUCUCUCUCUCUCUCUGUGAUCUGGAUCUCUCUCCAUGACGACUAUAUGAAGAGGCCCUAUAUUGUCCAAGCUUGAAAGAAACCAUUUCUUCAACCCAAAACCACACAAGCUCUGAUCAGUAGUGUACUCAAUGGCGUGUCGUCGUGUAGUAUCUUCAGGAUUUCCUCUGAUCCUCAUAUUCCUCUCGCUUCUCAACGUCGCUGUUCUCUGUAAAACCCUCAAACGAGACGUGAAAGCUUUGAAUGAAAUAAAGGCGUCCCUGGGAUGGAGGGUGGUGUAUGCGUGGGUUGGAGAUGACCCUUGUGGAGAUGGUGAUUUACCGCCUUGGUCUGGUGUCACUUGCUCCACUCAGGGUGAUUAUAGAGUAGUUACAGAGCUGGAAGUUUAUGCUGUGUCAAUUGUCGGGCCUUUUCCUACUGCUGUUACUAAUUUGUUGGAUCUUACAAGGCUGGAUCUCCAUAACAACAAGUUGACCGGGCCAAUUCCUCCUCAAAUUGGGCGUUUGAAGCGUCUUAAAACACUGAAUUUGAGGUGGAAUAAGCUGCAAGAUGCCAUUCCUCCUGAAAUAGGUGAACUAAAGCAACUGACACACCUCUAUCUGAGUUUCAACAAUUUCAAAGGCGAGAUCCCCAAGGAGCUUGCUAAUCUUCCUGAGCUCCGUUAUCUCCUUCUACAUGAAAACCGUUUCAUUGGACGAAUCCCACCGGAAUUGGGAACUUUACAAAACCUUCGGCACUUGGAUGUUGGCAACAACCAUUUGGUUGGAACCAUAAGGGAACUGAUACGUAUUGAGGGAUGCUUUCCAGCUCUUCGCAACCUUUAUCUAAACAAUAAUUAUCUUACUGGAGGAAUUCCAGCACAGCUGGCAAACUUGAAAAAUUUGGAAAUCUUGUAUCUCUCCUACAACAAAAUGUCUGGAAUAGUACCAUACGGGCUUGCUCAUAUCCCUAGAUUAACUAACUUGUACCUGGAUCACAAUCAAUUUACUGGGAGGAUUCCUGAUGCCUUCUAUAAGCACCCUUUCUUGAAAGAAAUGUGAGUUUUUUUUCUUCAACUCCAUCCGUGGCAAAUCGCCCUUUGCAUUACCAUGUCAAAAAACUUAUUGAAUUCUGUCAACAGGUAUAUCGAAGGAAAUUCAUUCCGGCCUGGUGUUAACCCCAUUGGUGACCACAAAGUCCUUGAAGUUUCGGACACGGAAUUCCUUUUCUAGUCAAGACAAUCAAACUCUUCUCUCUCUGUCAGCAAUAUAUGUUCUUAUUGUUAGAAAUGGUGGUAUUUUGAUGCUAGUGUUUGAAAAUCAUGGUACCACAUAUUGUUGAUAACACUUUAUUUUCGAAAAGUUGGAAAAAAAAAAACUAAAAGUCGAAUUAAAUGUCUUCAAUUAAAUAUGUUGGUCCUACUGCUAGUUCUCUCGUUUGUAGAUAUUACCAUUUUUUGAGGUUAAGGCUAUC